CUGUGACUUUGACGUUUAGACGGGUGAUGAAAUUGAAACAAAAUCGUGAAAGUUUUAAAAAUUAAUAUAAUAAAUUAUGAGUAAAUCAGUGGAGUCCCGAGUCAUAACAUAAAAAAUAUAUAUAUUUUAAACGAAUUAUAUACAGAGAAUUAAAGAAAUAACUCUUAGAGAAUUGAUUAGUGACACUAUGGCUAGUUCAAUAAUCUUGGCAGGUCUCGGUAUGGCCGCAAUAGGAUUUGCAGGUCGCUAUAUAUUAAGACAAAUGCCAAAUGCGUCAACCAAAUUUGCAGAAGCUAUGAAAAGUAUACCCAAGUUUGAUUCUGAAAGUCUAGCUAACUCAAAGUAUUAUAAAGGUGGAUUUGAACCUAAAAUGACGAAAAGAGAAGCAGCCUUAAUAUUAGGCGUAAGUCCUACAGCUACUAAAGUUAAGAUAAGGGAAGCACACAGAAGAAUUAUGUUACUAAACCAUCCAGAUAAAGGAGGAUCACCAUUAAUAGCAGCCAAAAUCAAUGAAGCUAAAGAUAUACUUGAAAGUGGAAAAUCAUGAUUUAAUCAUAUUUAGUUAGUGGGAAAAUAGACAAUUUAUAGUCCAGCCAUUUUAAUAGGCCACUUUUGACAUUUCACAUAACUUAUUGUUCACAAAGAAACAAUCAGAACAAAAUAAUAUUGUAAUUCCAUAACAAAAGAUUGUACCUAAUAAGUUGUGUCAUAAGUAGCCUAUUAAAAGGUGUAACUGUACUGUAGUGUAUGUGUAAAGUUUUUGAAAGAUGAUAAAAAUAAAAAAUAAUCAAUUUCAACAUCUCAAUAA